AUGGCCGUCGGAUCUAUCCCCACGGCAGUGCAGUCAAAAAGCGUGAAAUUCGCUAUCGACCGAGGUGGUACAUUCACAGAUGUCUUCGCUGCUGUACCGGGGCGAGAAGACAUAGUUCUUAAGCUUCUAUCCGUCGACCCCAGUAGUUAUGAUGAUGCACCAGCAGAAGGUAUUCGCCGAGUCCUAGAGACUAUCUCCGGCAAGUCGAUUCCCAGAGGAGCUCCAAUUCCCAAGGACCUGAUCCAUUCUAUUCGAAUGGGAACAACAGUCGCUACAAAUGCGUUGUUGGAACGAAAAGGAACAAGACAUGCGUUCGUUGUCAAUCAAGGCUUCGGCGACUUAUUAGAAAUUGGGUACCAGUCUAGACCAAAGUUGUUUGAGCUUGGUAUAAAAAAGCCGGAGUUACUUUACGAGACAGUAGUUGAGGUAUCUGAGCGCAUCACAGUUGAAGAAUUCGACGAAGAUGUCGCAAGAGAUAGUCGCCCGCCACUCCAGGAGAUCCCUGGUGUCCUAGUAAAAGGUAUCACCGGCGAUAUAUUGCGUAUCAUCCGUCCCUUGAAUGAAACAGAAGUACGAGAAAAGCUAGCAAAGAUCAAAGCAGAAGGUAUAGAGACACUUGCUAUUUGCUUAGCGCACUCGUAUCUCUACCCGAACCACGAGAAUCGUAUCGCGGAAAUCGCCAAGGAGAUGGGCUUUUCUCACAUCUCGACAUCUUCUUCAGUCGGUGCGAAUAUGAUCAAGAUGAUCUCGCGUGGCAGCUCUGCUUCUGCUGACGCAUACCUCACACCAGAGAUUAUCCGCUACGUAUCUGGCUUCGCAAAGGUCUUUGCUGACGGGAACCUCGACGGCGUCUCGUGCGAGUUUAUGCAAUCAGAUGGUGGGCUGGUAAGCCACAAGAACUUCAACGGAUUAAAAGGCAUUCUUAGUGGUCCUGCUGGAGGCGUAGUUGGCCAUGCUAGAACGUCGUUUGAUGGAACCUCUCCAAUCGUCGGCUUCGACAUGGGUGGUACGAGUACGGAUGUCUCUCGUUAUGGAGGCUCUUUCGAGCACAUUUUCGAGACGACGACUGCUGGAGUCUCAAUCCAAUCCCCGCAACUCGAUAUUAACACGGUGGCUGCUGGUGGCGGUUCUAUGUUAUUCUGGAGAGAUGGGUUAUUCAAAGUCGGACCUGAUAGCGCAGGCGCUCACCCAGGACCGGCUUCGUAUCGGAAAGGAGGACCACUUACGGUUACUGACGCAAACCUAUUCCUCGGGCGAUUAAUACCCGAUUAUUUCCCUAAGAUCUUCGGUCCAAGUGAGGAUCUUUCACUUGAUAUCGAUAUCGUGGUGCAGAAGUUCGAGGAGCUCACAGCACAGAUAAAUGCGGACACUGGACGUUCGAUGACCCCUCUCGAGGUUGCUCACGGCUUUAUCGACGUAGCAAAUGAGUCUAUGAGCCGCCCUAUUCGUGCGCUUACAGAGGCAAAAGGCUUCGAAACCCAGCAACACGCACUUGCAACUUUUGGCGGUGCCGGCGGCCAACAUGCUUGUGAAAUUGCAAAGAAGUUGGGUAUCAAAAGGAUAGUGAUCCACAAAUACUCUAGUAUUCUUUCGGCGUACGGUAUGGCGUUGGCGGAAGUUGUUCAGGAGGCACAAGAGCCGAGCUCUGAAAUUUUGUCCGAAGAAUCCCUAGGUCGGCUGAUGGUCCGGAUGCAGGACCUCAAAGCGAAGGUUACCGAAGGGCUCCUUGUCCAAGGAAUUCAAGAAACGGCUAUCGAACAUGAACAGUACCUAAACUUGAGGUAUCAAGGCACUGAUACUAAUUUCAUGAUAUUGGCUCCUGUUGAUGGGGACUGGCGAGUGGCACUCGAAAAGGAACAUCUAAGAGAGCUAUCAUUCGUUUUCCCUCAUGAUAAGAAAGUCCACAUUGACGACGUGCGAGUUCGGGGUGUUGGAAAAAGCACUGAAGUUAGCCAUGACAACUCAAAGCUGGUGAAGGAGUUGAAGUCUAAUUUCUCAGAAGUUAAGGGGGGUGAAGACAGAACAACGCAAGCCUACUUUGCAGAAGGCGGACUGCAACCAACGAAAGUCUUCCGACUCAAUUCAAUAGUUCCGGGUAGCAUUGUAACCGGUCCGGCAAUAAUCAUCGACAACACCCAAACUAUAGUAGUCGUUCCAGGAUCCCAAGCACGAGUCCUGACUUCUCACGUUGUCAUCAACCUAAUUGAUGAAAAGCCCCAGCAGUCCCAAGAAGAGCAGGAGCUAGUAGUUGAUCCUAUCAAGCUCAGCAUCUUUGGACACCGAUUCAUGAGCAUCGCGGAGCAGAUGGGAAGGGCACUUCAAAAGACUAGUGUUUCUAUCAAUAUCAAGGAACGGUUGGAUUUUUCAUGCGCCAUCUUCAGCCCGGAUGGCCAACUCGUUGCUAAUGCGCCUCAUGUUCCCGUUCAUUUGGGAAGCAUGUCGUAUGCCGUUAAGUAUCAACAUAAUCUCCAUAAAGGCAAUCUCCGCCCGGGAGACGUGCUAGUUACUAACCAUCCGGAGGCUGGCGGUACUCACCUUCCAGAUAUUACUGUCAUCACUCCUGUGUUCGAUACAGAUGGGGAGACAAUUUGCUUCUACACAGCCUCGCGUGGUCAUCAUCUAGAUAUUGGUGGGUACCGUGGAAAUUCUAUGCCACCCGACUCAACCGAGCUAUGGCAAGAAGGCGCUGCUAUCAAGUCUUUCUUCCUGGUCCGUGAUAACUAUUUCGAUGAAGAUGGCAUUGUUAAGAUCCUCCUUGAGCCUGGGAAAUAUCCCAAUUCUAGCGGCUCGAGACGAUUGCCUGACAACUUGUCAGACCUCAAGGCACAAGUGGCCGCAAACACUAAAGGAAGCAAUCUCAUCAAGGCCUUAAUGGAAGAAUAUGGCAAACACACUGUCCAUUUUUACAUGACCAAGAUCCAAGAAAACGCUGAGGUCUCCGUUCGCAACUAUCUCAAGUCAGCAUACAAGAGAUACGGAUCAAAGCCGCUCAAGGCAAAGCAAUUCUUAGAUAAUGGGUCUAUGAUGAAAGUCUCAAUAACCAUCGACGAGAGCGGAUUCGGCACCUUCGAUUUCACGGGCACGUCCUGCGAGAUGUUAUCAAAUAUGAACGCGCCUCCGGCUAUUACUUACUCGGCGUUAAUCUACACCCUCCGACUCCUGAUCGGUUCUGAUAUCCCGCUAAAUCAGGGAUGUCUUGCACCCACCAAAGUCAUCCUUCCGAAAAAUUGCUUCCUGAACCCUUCGUCUGGACCAGCUGUCUGCUGCGGAAACACCCUUACUUCGCAACGGUUAGUCGAUCUCCUUCUCAACGCCUUCCGCGCAGCAUCCGGAUCCCAGGGCUGCAUGAAUUGCUUCGGCUUCUUCGGCAACUGCCACACCGACUCAGGAGAGACGCAAUCCGGAUUUGGAUUCAGCUACGGAGAGACGAUCUGCGGCGGCGAGGGUGCAGGUCCGACGUGGCACGGCGCGUCGGCUGUACAGAUACACAUGACCAACACGCGGACUACCGAUGUUGAAAUCAUCGAGAAACGGUACCCUGUUCUAGUGCGUGAGUUCUCGAUCCGGAAAGGGAGUGGCGGCCGCGGGAAAUUCAACGGUGGAUGUGGCAUCGUCCGGGAUUGGGAGUGUCGCCAUCCGCUUACGUUUGGCCUGAUCACGGAGCGUAGAGUCCAUAGGCCGUAUGCGAUGAUGGGCGGUGAGCCAGGCGCAUGCGGUGCGAAUUACUGGGUCCAGAGGCUGGAGGAUGGGAGUGAGCGGUGGAUAAAUAUUGGGUCGAGGGGGCAGGUUGAUAUGAAGGGGGGGGAUAGGUGUGUUAUACAUACCCCUGGAGGAGGUGGCUGGGGUGUACCGGAGGGUGUUGGGGAGGAGGAAGAUGAUGAUUGGGUUGAUGGGGGUAUUGGAGUGGUGAAUGGGAUAAGCGGGACUAAUGGGGAGGUUAAAGUUGUGUAUCCGAGAGCGGCGGGAAGCUUUCACUCGUUUGCGGCAGCGCAAGAGGCGUCGUCUUGA